CCUGCCGUAUUAUGUAAUCUCGACUGCGGUCAGCCUCUCACCGCCUUCCUCUAUCACCAUCACCCCACCAAGCAGGCGGUGGCCGAAUUCUGCCGGCCCAAAAGUUCAUCCCACCAAAGCCACAUCCCACCACCUGCACCACGCCCCCAAAUCGAGUUCAUGCCCGCCAUGGCCGCGGCCGAACAGCCCGAGAGCCAGAAGCCGAAGCAGGAAGAAUGGAUCCACGUCAGACCAAAGUCGCGCUUCCGGCGGAACGCCCCCCGGCCACCACCCAAGAUCCCCGGGUCGGCCCUCUCGAAGCUGGCCGAUGAACCCCGCGCCCUCAAGUCCGUCGCCGAUAUCACGGCCGAGUACGAGGCCUUCAAAACCCGCUGGCGCGACACCCCGUGCCACGUGGAGCUCAAAGAGCUGGUGAAGGCGAAUGCCGAGGCGCACCGGACGGUGCGCAAGGCCGUUUGUCUCGGCGUCGGCACGUUCGACCCGGAGGACGGCGGCUGGGACGCCAAGAGGCGGAGCUAUAUUCAGCUCGAUGGGUUCCUGACCAUCGUGGAGGUCCUGUCCGCGUUGUACAAAGAGUCCAUUCCGUGCUCUUUCCAGGAGCCCCGCUUCACUCCUAAUGACGCUGAGUUCCUCACAAAUCUGGGCCACAAAGUCGUCGAGUCGCCCACCGCCUUCGAGGCCGUGGACCAAGACACGCUGGUCUUUGCCGUGCACAUGUAUCGGCCCAUAUACGAAGCGACGUUGGAGAAGGCGUCGCCUGCCAUGUUUGUCGGCACGGGCUGGGAUGUGUGGGAUGAGUUUGCUACUAUGAAGGAGGGCGACUUCAAGUGCAUGAGCGACAUGCACGACUCUCACAAGCAUUUCCCCUUUCCCCAAGAUGGGACCUACACCACAUUCUCCAGCACGUGUCUCUACUGGCGGGCGAAGACGGAGUCUUCAACACACUCGAAAGAUCAAUCUGCCGAAGAUACCUCAAAAUUUGUUUCCCAGAAGCCCGACGAGAAGCCUGCCGAGGAAUUCUCUGAGAAGGUGUCAGAGGACAAGCCCGAGUCAAAGUUGGAAGGGGCUCCCAGCUGAGUUGAAAUAUUCAGAUCAUAAUACUAUUUCGAUGAAUGAUGCAAAAAACCCAAGCUUUAGGGUUGGACCAGACGCAUGCGAAUUCGUCUGCGUCAUUAUACGACGAGGGUUUGAACCAGAGCUUUCCAUUAAGGCUCUUUAGUAACUAUGAACGACGGUCACAACAUACGUGGCGUCAGCGCCGGCGAUGUUUGAAAGAAUCCGACCUUUUGAGUCGAUUUCAUGAUGUGUAAUUAUGGAACUCUCUGUCCGAUGAGCACUGAAGCACGUCAGGCCAGCACUUUUUUAUUCCCGCUUCUAAGCUCUCCAUAGCGAUGAAAUCUAUGCGAUAGUCACACAAAAUGGAUCCCACUCCUCUACCG